CAGGCUUUAUGUGACUCAGUACUGAACAUCUGGAAUUGAUCAUAGGAUCACAAACAAGGAAGCAGUCAUCUGGCUUCUAGAAAUACAACUUUCAGUUCCUGCUCCACAACUUUUUUUUUUUUUUAAAUGAUAAACAAAACUGCAACAGCCAUUUUAAGUCUUCUUAAUAGCUGUAACCACAGUAUUUUUAGAAUUUUUCCACAUUGUGGCAUCAGACAACUAUAACAUUUUCUUUAAUUCUGGAGUGGCAGUGAGGAUUGCUCUCCGCACCUACACUAUUAAUUCAGUAUUAUUCCCCUUCAGGAUUUUGUUAAACAAUGAUCAUCGUGGGACUUCAUUUUUUAUUAGUUCCACUCCUCAAAAACAUCAUGGGAGAAGCCCAGUAUGUAAUGCAAGAUGCAGCACUGAUGAACUACAUAGACCGUCGUAUCUUAUCCUUAGAGAACAGACUGGAUAAAUGCAACCAAGACAUACUGGAUUAUGUUGAAGAAUUCCGAGACUUCUCAAAGAUGGUACUGUCACGUCUGUCAGGACUGAACAGUUACAAGGCUGAGGUUAAAGAUGAAGUAGAGAAUUUGCUAACAAGAGUUGAACGAGCACAAAGGGAUGUCGACUAUUUUGGAUCUGUGAGAGAUUCUAAGACAUGCAUAGAAGUAGAUGAAGAUCUCGUGAAACAGCAGCUAUUAGAAGCAGCAGAAGAAAAAAGGAAACUUAAAGACAUGCUUAAUGCAAGUUGUGACCACAUGCUUGCAGGUGUAAAGUCCCUAAAGAUAGUCAAGAAGACUGGAGAUAAGCACGGUUCUUGGAUGAGAGAUCCUGGCAAAAAGCAUACAAAGAUUUAUUUAUUAAAUGGUCCUGUGAAUAAUGUUAUUUUUGAAUUUGCAAACAUCAUGACAUUCAUGGAAAGCAAUCAUACACUAAAAGCUCGCAGAGUUACCCUGCCAUUUCCCUGGGAAGGGACUGGCCACGUUAUUUAUCAGGGUUUCCUAUUCUAUCACAGACACGGUUCCUUAAAUGAAAUAAUUAAAUUCAAUAUUCAGAAAAGAAAUAUAGUUGACCAUAUGCUAUUGCCAGGGGCUGGAAGAAUGCCUGCCUAUCAGCUUUCUCCACCUACAAAAAUAGAUCUCGCUAUCGAUGAGCAAGGGCUCUGGGCAAUCCAUGCAGAACCAGAGAUUGGAGGAAACCUUGUAAUUACCAAAAUCAACCACAUAACCAUGUCAGUGGAACACUCUUGGGAUACAACAUGCAGCAGUAAAGAUGCUGAAGCAGCUUUCAUGGCAUGCAAUACACUCUAUGUCGUGUACAAUUUUCCUAGUGGAGGCACCUCUCGCAUACAAUGUGCAUAUGAUGUUUUGGGUAUGGUAAAUACUUAUGAAAUACCAGUAUUGCAUUUUCCAAAACGUCAGGGAAGCCAUUCCACUAUUCAUUAUGAUCCCAAGGAAAAGCAGCUCCUUGCCUGGGGUGACGGAUCCCAGAUUAUUUAUAAGCUUCAAAACCAGCAAAAAGCCUAGAAUCUUGAGCAACUUAUCAAAUACAUUUAAAGGCUAGAGUCUCAACAUCUUUGUGGAAUUAACAUAAUUUUGAUGCACAAUAACGAUCAUCUGCUACAACUUUCAUUUCUGUCACAUAAAUUAAUGCUUACACAUGCCAAUGAUCUUAAGCUAGCAUCCAUUUAAAAAUAUGUAAAGUCUCCAUAAAUAAGAAUUAACUCAUUAGAACCAUAUUAAUACAUACACAGAAACUAGUCUUAAAGAGCACAGUGAAAACACAGAUGGGUAUGUAUACAUACACACAAACAUAUCUAACAUGCUCUCUUCCUGUUAAAACUGUACUUUCUGCUUCAUUGUCAUAGUAAUCAAUUAAGUCCUGCCUACCAAACACAUUAUCCUAGUGCCUUCAGUGCCCAAUUCACUAAAAAAAUAAUAAUAAUCUUUUCAAAAGCACUGUAAAAACCACAAACUGCCAGAGAAGCUAUUUAUACUGAAUUAACAGCGAAGAUUUACCAUAUUGCAAAGCAGUAGACAUUCUCACAAACAUAUGGUUUAUGUUUAGCAUAUGAUCUUCCUGCACAUUAUAUCAAGGCUAUUUCUAAUGACUGACUUUCUAGACUGUUUUUGUUGUCUGCAUAGCAGCCCAGGCCACUUUAGGUCCAACAAACAUUAGUUGUAGAUGGAUAUUCCCACUUAACAGCUUCAAUUUGCCACUUUCCAAUUUUAUUUUUUUAAUCAAUGUAUCACUGCUUGUUUGCAGUAGGGAGUGUUCCUAGAUCUGUUCACAACCAUGCACCAUUUAGUUGUUUUACUUAUCAGUAAUUGCUUUCUUCCCACUGUCCGCAUCAAGUCCUGAGGUGCCUUCUCAAUAUUUCCAAACAUUUUUAUUGAUCAUACCUAAAUCUUCCUUAUCCUGUCCACUGACUCCAGCAAAAUAUCUGUACAGAAAACAUAGACCAGAUGAGCCCAAAUAGCACAAGUGAGCACACAUCACUUGUUCAGUCCUGGCUUUGCAAACAACAGGAGAACACAGAAAUACAUCUUCAUUUGCUUCAAUAAAAAGAAGCAAAGCAAUACGCACACUAGAUACAUACAAAAAUACAGAUUCUGGCUUUAGCUUUCAGAUUUUAACUGGAUGUUAAUUGCAAAAAUAAAGUACUAACAAUACAAUCCUCAGUUGUUUCUACAGAAAACCCAUUUUGUUCUUUACACAAAGUACUGAUCUGUUUAAAGACAGCUUACACAGAACAAAAAACAUCAGGCAACUAUUUUGUAAAGGAGUUCCUGAAAACAUAAAAGCAUACAGACUGAGAAAUUACAGCAAUAUUGGGAUGAUUUUAGCAUGAUAAAAAAAUAAUUCAACACAACCUUAGUGACUACAGCAUUAAUUCCAUGCUUCAGAGGCCACGAGAAGCAGUGGAAGACAUCCGUGGGCUUACAAUAAGGAGGGCUGGCAAUAAUUUGCUGCGUGACCAUAGGUGAAAGGCAGAUUACAUUAUGCAGCCUUUUAUUCUUCAUCUCUGAAGUUACACAUACAAAAUAGAGUAUACACCACCUCUGCAAUUGCUUUCAGAUCCUUAAUGCAAAAGGAAGUGUAACCUUGACUUAACAAAUAAACGGCUUUUGUCAUAAAUGUGAA